AUGGCCAAGCGCCGGUGCCUGGAAAGCCGUCGGCUGCCAGCAGCUGCUCUGCGGGGCUGCCAUGGUGCGGGCUCGGGGUCUCGGCUGCUGCUCUGGCUGCUGCUAGCAGAGCUUGUGCUGGCUGUCCUGGAGGACUACGCAGAUCCCUUCGAUGCGGCGCAGGUGGCUGGUAGCCAGGCAGGACUGGAGAAGGUGAUGGAGAACGAUGGAUACAUGGAGCCAUAUGAAGCCCAGAAAAUGAUGGCUGAGAUCCGCCAGAAGGGCUUACGGGAGGCUCCGGCCCGGCCGCUGCACCUCUACGACACCCCCUACGAGCCCGUGCUUGGAGGGCUGGACAUGGACAGUGACCGCCCUGCUUGCCCCAGACCCAGGGAGUCCCGGCUGCCCGAGGACGACGAGCGGCCACCUGAGGAGUACGACCAGCCCUGGGAGUGGAAGAAGGAGCGGAUCUCCAAAGCCUUUGCAG